AUGGAUGGCCACCUAGAGCCACAUCACAAGCUAGCAAGCCCACCUAGCUCAGCCACAAGCCUAGCCAGUACACUCCAGUUGGCCACUUGCAAGAUCGCCCUCUUCCUCGCCUUGAACCUGGUCCUAGUGGCAGCUGCGCAUGGCUGCGGGUCGUACUGCGGCAACACACUGGCCGUCCCAGUGCCAACCCCGCCGAUCGUCGUGCCCCCGCCGGCCAUCCAAGUCCCAACCCCGCCGAUGACCGGUGGCGGCAGAGGCACCUGCUCGAUCAACACGCUGAAGCUGAAGGCGUGCGCCAACGUACUGAACCUGCUAGAGCUCAACCUAGGCGCGCCGGCGAGCGAGAACUGCUGCCCGCUGCUGGGCGGGCUCGCCGACCUCGACGCCGCCAUCUGCCUCUGCACCGCCAUCAAGGCCAAUGUCCUCGGCAUCAAGCUCAACAUCCCCGUCGACCUCGUUCUCCUCCUCAACCAGUGCGGCAAGACCUGCUCCGCCGACUUCACCUGCCCAAGCUGAUCCACCCAUCAUCCCUCGAACCCUCGAACCAUGCAUCACAAACCAUGUGUCGUCGUCAUCAUACUCGUCUUUGGUUUGCAUGCCAUCACACCCGUCACUCGUGCAUGCAUGCACGCUUACGUGUUCAUUUCUUCCAGGGACUGCUUAUAAGAUAGUCGUUGAUCAUUGUAUUCCGAUAGGAUAUCUAAAUGCAUGGUUCACAUAUUUGUAAAAUGAUAUACAUACGUGGAAUAAAAUGAUUCAAGUUGU